AAUGGGAAAAACGAAGAGAACUAGAUCGAAAGAACGAUUAAAACUUACAAGUCAUAAACACAGAGGGAGAGAUAAAUGAAUGAAAAAAAGAACAACCUAAAAAGUGAUAUGAUAGGCAAGAGGUAAAAAUCCUCUCUCUCGCCCACGGUGUGAAGUCCAACUUUAGGCUAAAAGAAAAGGAAGAGAGAGAGAAAAAAUAUAUAUAUAUCAUGGAAGGUCGGAGUUCGCAACUUAAAAAGAUUGUCUUCACGAUCUUUACCGCUUGCGCGUUGACACCUGCUGGCGCUGGCACUGGUCUUUACAUGGGCCCCUACUUCCCCUCGCCACAACCCCGGAACAUCACGGUGCACCAAGACACUGUGGCGUAUCUGCCGUGCACCGUCAGUCAGCUGGGAGAUAAGUCGGUCUCGUGGGUCAGACAAAGGGACGCCGACAUACUCACAGUGGACCGCUACACCUUCGUCCGGGAUGACCGCCUGACCGUCCACUUCACGCCGGACACAGGCACGUGGACACUCGUCAUCAAAUACGUGCAGGAGAGGGACGCGGGGACGUACGAGUGCCAGAUCUCCACCGAGCCGAAGAUGUCCAUGCUGGUUCAUCUCAACGUUAUCGUGCCGCAGGUGGAGAUCACAGGCGCCGUGGACAAGUACGUGCGCCGCGGGUCGACUGCGCGUCUGGAGUGCAAGGUCAGCUCAACCGUGCAGCUUCCCGACUACAUCUUCUGGUACCACUCGGGGUCACGUCUCCUCGAGUACGACCAUCCCCGCGUCAAGAUCACAGUGGCACGGCGAGGAGGCCAAGGCAGUGAGAUGAGCAUCACCUCGACCCUCGUACUGACUGAUGCUCGACCCUCGGAUGCUGGGAAUUAUACUUGCCUUCCAUCGAACCUGCACAACGCUACUACUGUUCUCCACGUGUUGAAUGAUCUUAUCAAAGAUUAA